GAAAUCUCCAUUAAUUCUGAAAAUGGAGCCAAUCAACGGCGAGCCGGAGGCGCAGCAAUCCGACGUCGUUCCUCCGUCUGCUACAUCCUACCUCGACCCAAACUACUGGGACAAAAGAUUUGCUCGAGAAGAUCACUACGAAUGGUUUAAAGAUUACUCCCAUUUUCGCCAUCUCGUUCUUGCACACAUCCAGCCGCGUUCUUCUGUAUCCCUUCAUAUUCCCUCUCGUUUUCUUUUUCUUGUUUUCCGGACAUUCUUUAUUUUAAAGAUUUGAUUUUUAGCCAUCUCCUGGAUUUUCAUGAUCAGGUGUUGGAGCUGGGAUGUGGGAAUUCCCAGAUGUGUGAGGAACUGUACAGAGAUGGUGUGAGUAAACUCACCUGCAUUGACUUAUCCCCCAUUGCUGUGGAGAAGAUGAAGAACAGAUUACUAUCCAAGGGCUUUAAAGAAAUUAAGGUGCUUGAAGCAGACAUGCUUGAUCUGCCAUUUGAGGAUCAAUGUUUUGAUGUUGUUGUAGAGAAAGGAACAAUGGACGUGUUGUUCGUGGACAGCGGUGACCCCUGGAAUCCUCACCCCGUAACUACAGAGAGAGUGAUAAAAAUGCUCAAAGAAGUUCAUAGAGUUCUGAAACACAAUGGCAUCUUCAUCUCCAUUGCUUUUGGCCAGCCCCAUUUUAGGCGUCGCUUCUUCAACGACCCAGAGUUUACUUGGUCCGUUGAGUGGAAUACAUUUGGAGAAACGUUUCACUAUUUCUUCUAUGUCUUGAAAAAGGGAAAUCGGUCAUUGGAGAGCUAUGAAGUGUUGGAGCCAAGCGCGAAUCCAUCUAAAUCUCUAUUUCAAGAGGAGCUCGACGUUGAAGACUACUUAUUUAGAAUCAACACUGAUGAAAUGUAGUGGCUGAAGUCGAACUUUUUUUUUCCUUUUCUAACCUUUUUGCUCCUCGCCAGGGUGGAAACAAUCUCUCUCUUUCAAAGUAGGGAUAAGAUAUUCAUACAGACACCUACUACUGGGCAACUGGUUUUGUUGUUGUAACCUUUUUACACUUGUGUUGAUCACUAGAAUAUGAAAUUCAUUGUAUGUUUUUAUUUUUAGAAGUUAAUUAAGUGGUUUAUAAUGU